AUGGCGGAAGACCAGUUACAGGAGAAUUAUGGCAACUGCAGCGCCACAAAUGAACAGUUAAGAGAACUUCUAACAGCCUGUCCUCUGGGGUGGAAAUGCUACAACUCAAAGCUGUACUACAUCUCCACUGAGAGGAAGAGCUGGAGCGAAAGCCAAAAGGACUGUAAAGAGAGGGGAGCAGAUCUGGUGAUCAUCCAAAGCGAAGAGGAACAGGACUUUAUUGUUAAACAUUCUGGGCCUUUCUGGAUUGGACUGAGUGACACUGAGACAGAAGGAACCUGGAAAUGGGUGGAUGGGACAACGCUGCAAGAGGGACAAGGGUAA